AUGGCACCAGUAGCUCACUAUAGACCCGGAUACGAGUCUAACUCAGCGCCAGAAGCUCACUAUAGACCCGGAUACGAGUCUCACUCAGCACCAGCAGUUCCCUAUAUACCCAGAUACGAGUCUCACUCAACACCAGCAGCUCACUAUAGACCCGGAUACGAGUAUCACUUAGCGCCAGCAGCUCAAUAUCUACCCGGAUACGAGUCCCACUCAGCACCAGCAGUUCACUAUAGACCCGGAAACGAUUCUCUCUCAGCGCCAGCAGUUCACUAUAUACCCGGAUACGGGUCUCACUCAGCGCCAGCAGCUCACUAUAUACCCGGAAACGAGUCUCACUCAGCGCCAGCAGCUCACUGUAUACCCGGAUACGAGUCUCACUCAACACCAGCAGCUCACUAUAUACCCAGAUACGAGUCCCACUCAGCACCAGCAGUUCAAUAUAUACCCGGAUACGAGUCUCACUCAGCGCCAGCAACUCACUAUUUACCCGGAUACGAGUCUCACUCAGCGCCAGCAGCUCACUAUUAUCAACAACAACAACAACAUUACAUUUAUUCACCCCCAAGUAUUCAAAAUACAAUAUGGGGAUAA